AUGGCGGGGCGACGGGGAUGGGGCUGGCGGGCAUGUGGGUGGUCCGUGUGUCCUUCCGCGACUUUUGACGUUCUGGACGUGCAGGGCGGCUCGAGGACGGCUACGGGGCAGCGGCUUGGCAGCGGGAGGUCGGGCUUGGCUGGCGGCUUCUGCAACCUCAGGCAGCCAAAUUUUCGGCAGGCUGCGCGACGGAGCUUCUCUGGCACCUUUCGUUGCGUCGUUUUCCAAACCGUCGAAUCCUCCACGCCGGUCCCAUCACCACCAAGCUCCGAAAACACCCCGCCAGGACUUCCAACCGCCUCCGUCACAAUGGGUCAAUACUACAACCUCUUCGGCCAGAAGGUCGCCUCCCAAUACCUUGCCAUGGGUGUUCUUGGCUCCCUCUUCGGCGGUGUUUACCUUGCUUCCGGCGGCAGCAGCAAGACCCCUGCUACUCCCCCCAUCAACGCUUCCAGCUCUGAUGAGGCCGACUUCAUCAAGAAGUUCCUCGAGACCUCCGAGACCACCGAGAAGCAGGCUCCCGCUGCUGCCCCCGCCAAGCACUAAAGUGCCCGAAAACGACAGCUAUGAUGAUCGAAACGGACAUAAGGCGUUGCGGACUGGACUUGUCCUGUGUACAUAUAUAGCGACUGGUUAAUGGAAAGUUUUCGCCUGGGAGAAUCGCGUCAAGGAACCGACAUCGUCACACAUCGUUAACCUUUGCGGAUAUCACCAGCAACAUCCGAAUCCCAAUCCUUCUGGGCGAAGUUGAGAGAAAGAUGGACCCGAAGCUAGAGCCGGUAUUUGAGACGAAUUCGGCAAUUCAUCUGAAGCGCCGUACAGACCAUACUCGAUCUUGCCAGGAUUUCCCUGCCAAUUCGCCAUUGUCUACCAAAGAAUGUUCAGUAUGUGGCAUCGGAGGCAACAUAUUUGGGUAGUGGCCAUGACGAUGUUGUCAAGCCGUCCCGUCAGCACUUUUCAGGAAUUGCCCAAUCAAGCGGUUGGCAUGGAAUCACAAAGACGAAGUCCUGUGACCUGAGAUAUCACAAUCAUUGGGCUAUCUUUCGUCCUUUUUCCUCACCAAAAUACUGAGUUUCUCAUGGUGCCUUUGCUUGGAGACUCCUUGCCUUCUUGGACGCCAACAUUGCAUAGUUCGCGGUUGUCAGGCUUUCCUAAUGGGGAGUUACAUGGUUUGGUGGGUUUCGCCAUACCCCAACAGGCUCUGUUCAAUGAAGCGUUGGGACAAAGAUGGAACCAGUCUUACUCGAAAUUGCGUGUCCCGGACAGUUUUCUGCCAUAGAGAGUCUGUCCAUUCGGCCUAAUGUUCUAACUCUCGUCAUUUGAGUCAUCUCAUGAGAAGACCUAUGCUAUCGGAUAGUUCCGAUCAGCUAAUGAACUUGGGCAGCAUCAAUAAAUACAUCAGUUUCUGCCCAUGUCCGCUGUCACUGUGCUCGUCAGAAUUCUGACCAU